AAUAUAAAACAAAAAAAAAAAAACCUGACAACACAGUUUAAACAAACAACACCACUUCAUCAUCAUCAUCAACAAGUAUAUAUCAUCUCGUUGGGCAUUCAUUAUCCGAGAAUAGGUGUUUGACAUAGGAUUUAAUAUAUUAUAAUGAGAGAAAUCAUCCAUUUAUCAACUGGUCAAUGUGGUAAUCAAAUCGGUGCAGCCUUUUGGGAAACCAUCUGUGGAGAACAUGGAUUAGAUAAUAACGGUAAUUAUCACGGUGCUGAUGAUAUUCAAAAAUCCAAACUUGACGUGUAUUUUAAUGAAGCAAGUUCUGGUAAAUAUGUUCCUCGUGCCGUUUUAGUCGAUUUAGAACCAGGUACCAUCGAUGGAGUGAAAUCAUCUCAUAUUGGAAAUUUAUUUAGACCAGACAACUAUAUCUUUGGUCAAAGUUCUGCUGGUAACGUUUGGGCUAAAGGUCAUUACACUGAAGGUGCUGAGUUGGUAGACUCAGUAUUGGAUGUCGUCCGUAGAGAAGCUGAAAGUUGUGACUCUUUGCAAGGUUUCCAAAUCACUCAUUCCUUAGGUGGUGGUACCGGUUCUGGUAUGGGUACCUUAUUAAUUUCAAAAAUUAGAGAAGAAUUUCCUGAUAGAAUGAUGGCUACUUUUUCAGUGGUUCCAUCUCCAAAAGUUUCUGAUACUGUUAUUGAACCUUAUAAUGCCACAUUAUCAAUCCAUCAAUUAGUUGAAUUAUCUGAUGAAACUUUCUGUAUUGAUAAUGAAGCUUUAUAUAAUAUCUGUCAAAAAACCUUGAAGUUACCUCAACCUAAUUAUGCUGAAUUAAAUAAUUUAGUUUCAUCAGUUAUGUCAGGUGUUACAACUUCAUUACGUUAUCCAGGUCAAUUAAAUUCAGAUUUAAGAAAAUUAGCCGUUAAUUUAGUUCCAUUCCCAAGAUUACAUUUCUUUAUGGUUGGUUAUGCUCCAUUAACUUCAAUUGGUUCAAAAUCUUUUAGAUCAUUAACUGUUCCAGAAUUAACUCAACAAAUGUUUGAUUCCAAAAAUAUGAUGGCUGCUUCCGAUCCAAAGAAUGGUAGAUAUUUAACCGUAGCUGCUUUCUUUAGAGGUAAAGUUUCAGUUAAAGAAGUUGAUGAUGAAAUGCAUAAAGUUCAAACCAGAAAUGCUGCUGAUUUCGUUGAAUGGAUUCCAAAUAAUGUACAAACUGCCGUUUGUUCAGUUGCUCCAAAGGGUUUAGAUAUGGCCGCUACUUUUAUUGGUAAUUCAACUUCUAUUCAAGAAUUAUUUAAAAGAAUUGGUGAUCAAUUCAGUGCUAUGUUUAGAAGAAAAGCUUUCUUACAUUGGUAUACUUCCGAAGGUAUGGAUGAAAUGGAAUUUACUGAAGCUGAAUCAAAUAUGAAUGAUUUAGUUAGUGAAUAUCAACAAUAUCAAGAAGCAGGAAUUGAUGAAGAAGAAUUAGAUUUUGCUGGUGAAGCCCCAUUAGAAUAUCGUGAAGAAAUAGUUAAUUAAAUGAAAUCAUACUAAUAAUUGAUUAAUUUUUUAUUGUCUUGUUGGGAAAUGCUUUUAUCUAUCUAUUUUUUUUUUAAUCUUUCUUUAUUAAUUUGUUUAUGAUUUAAUUCUAUCUUGUUGGUUUUAAUUUUGCUUCUUUAUAUAUAUAUAUAAUUAUCCUUCUUUUUUAUUCAUACCCCCUCUCUCUCUCUUUAUCUCUCUCAAUUAUCUCUCUUUUGUUUUAGAAAUCGCAGUACUACAGUUAUUGUUUAUAUGUUUUUGUUUAUGAUGUAUGUGAAUAAAUUAAUUGUACAAUUUUAAUCU